CCCAACAAGUGUCAGUCGCUACCCGAUCACCAAAGUGUUAGAAACGUUUGAUUCAGUGUAUGACUAUAAAAUAAAAAAUGGCUUUGAAAUUUUCAGUGUUUGCUGUAAUUUUUCUGCUCGCUUUGAGUGAAUUAUACGUAUUGAUCGCGGCGCGUACAUCGGAGAAGUUAAAAGUCCGUUUGCCACAUGGCGGUGUGCUGGUGGGACGCCAUUGGAUCUCACAUAAAGGGCGACAUGUACGCGCCUUUAUGGGUGUGCCGUAUGCGCUGCCGCCUCUGGGCGAUUUGAGGUUUAAACCACCAGUACCGUAUGGCUCUUGGUCGGGCGAGCGUCUCGCGAUAAGAGAUUCAGAAGUAUGCAUACAUCGCGAUCCAUUCACACGCCAAACACAAAUCGUCGGCAGUGAAGACUGUCUUUAUCUGAAUGUCUACACGCCAGAGAAACCACGAACAUCGAAACCUUUACCGGUUAUGGUUAAUAUUCAUGGUGGUGGUUUUAUUAGCGGCUCUGGCGUGAGUAGCUACUAUGCGCCCGAUUUUUUACUAGAUCACGAUGUUAUAUUGGUUUCCGGCAACUACCGCUUGGGCACGCUCGGCUUCCUAAGCACUGAGACUUUAGAUUGCCCCGGCAAUUUCGGUUUAAAAGAUCAGUCGCUCAUUUUACGUUGGAUACAGCAAAAUAUUGCCGCAUUCGGUGGCGAUCCGAAUAGUGUUACGAUUUUCGGCAAUAGUGCGGGUGGCGCUAGCGUUACGUAUCAUUUGGUAUCGAGCUUAUCGAAAGGACUCUUCCAUAAAGCCAUAGCACAUUCUGGUGCGUACUACAAUCCCUGGGCGCAGCCAGAGCAUAAAGGUACACCCGCAAAGCGUGCACGGAAGGUCGCAGAAUUAGUUGGUUGUAAUCCUGAGGAAAAUUGGCAAUAUAUAUUGCGCUGCUUACGCACUAAAGAAGCCAGCGAUGUCGUUGCUACGCUCUACGAUUUCUUCGAAUGGGACUUUGAUCCCAUGAUGCCAUUCCAACCUGUUGUUGAGCCUCCACAUGAGGGUGCCUUCCUUACCGUCUUACCACGUGAUGGUGGCAUGCCACACGGUUUCUCCUUACCACUUAUAAUUGGUAUUACCUCGGAGGAAGGUCUAAUCAGAACUGUGCCCUUACUUACCAUACCUGGGCUUUUGGCUGAUUUCAAAAACCAAUUUCAAAAGAUUCUACCAAUUUCUCUGCACUACGACCAUCACAAACCGGAAGUGCGAGAUGAGAUUACACAUCAAAUAGAACAGUUCUACUUCAAAGAAGGACAUAACUAUGACAAACACAAUCAUCACAAUUUCACGGACCUUUACUCUGAUGGCUGGUUUGUUGCUGGUAUCGAUGAGUACAUCAAACAGCGCGUUGAAGCUCAAAACUCAAAACAGUUACCGCCCUUUUACGUAUAUCUCUUUGAGCAUCGUAGUCCAGCCAGUUUCUCCGAACUUUUCGGUGGAGAUCCUGAAGAUUUCUUCGGCGUCUGUCAUGCCGAGGAAUUGCAAUACCUCUUUCCCUUGGGUCUUAGUCUCUUCGUAAGCUCAUCCCCCACUGAGAACGAUAUUGAACUACGCGAGGCCAUACUGAAAAUGUGGGUGAACUUCGCUAGUGAGGGUAAUCCAACGCCUGCAGGCUCGAACUUAACACCCUGGGCACCCGUCACGGGCUAUCCCGUUAAUUAUGCACGUUUGGGUCACAAGACACCCGAUGAAUUUACGGUGCUACAAAUGGAGCGUGAUAUCUAUGGCGAUCGUACAAAUUUCUGGCGACAACUCCAAGCUCAUAUUCCGGCGGAACAACGGGAGAAGAAAUUACGAGAUGAAUUGUAAAGCGGUUAUAAUCAGUUGGGAUAUACUUCUCAUUUUCUAGGUCCUACUGUCGACUUGCUUUUUGCAUAUGUCUUUAUAAUUUGUAUGUAACCUGAACUUCGUGGUUCCGUGGUUUUAAUAAAUUCUAUAUACUAGCUAGUUUGCUAUAUCAUACAUA